ACAGCCUGCAUCCCUCGAUAGCAACGACACUCGUGGUCACUAGGCGGAACAACCAGUGCUUCAAUAAGAGGACAUGCCCCCAUCGCCAGAGUUCCCAGACCUGUAUGUAAAAUCGUGGUCAACCGGCGUUCGGAUAACUUUGUGACAAACACGUUCAUACGGCUAAUCGUAAACGUAGAUACAAAUCCCACACGUCAGGAUGUCGACCAACGUAACGUCGAUUUUUAACUCGUUCCAAGAUUACCUCAACACGGAACAGGCACUCCGUGAGGAAAUCCGAACUAUCGUCAAAGAGAUUGAACAAAGUGCAAGAGAAAUCCUGAUGGUACUUCAAAAUAUUCACAAUGAGAAUGUGUCCGAGGAAAAUACUAUGUCGGAACACUGUACUAAGGCAAGGUGUCUAUUUGAGGAUGUACGAAAGGGUUAUGCCAAACUAGCCGCUGUUGUUCCUGAGAAUCAAUACUACCGAUUUCAUGAACAUUGGCGUUUUGUCACGCAACGUUUAUGCUUCCUGGCUUCUCUCACUAUAUAUCUAGAAGUCAAAAUUCUUGUGCACAAAGACACGGUUGCAGAACUAUUGGGAGUAAAGAGCAAUCGAGAGGAAGGAUUUCACUUGGAUCUUGAAGAUUUUUUGAUGGGACUUCUGCAGCUAUCUUCAGAAUUGUGCCGCUUUGCAGUCAACAGUGUAACGAGUGGAGACUAUGAUCGACCAAUAGAAAUAUCCAGGUUUGUGAAUGAAUUGAACGCUGGAUUCCGACUCCUCAAUCUGAAGAAUGACUCUCUUCGUAAACGGUUUGACGCCCUGAAAUACGAUGUUAAAAAGAUCGAGGAAGUCGUUUACGACCUCAGCAUUCGAGGACUGAAACCUGCUGUACCGCCUGCUCCAGUAGAUUCGAAAUAGAAAGGCAAUUCUACUACCACAAUACAUUAACUAUUACUCACGAUACCAAGUGAGAAGCUGCGCCAGCAUAGGUUUUGCAGUGAGGUUAAACAUGUGAACAUAAUUCAACUUGAUUUUGACAAUCUUCUCGAACAUUAUUGCGAUGAGGUGCGACAGUGCCUAGUUUUUGUAAUGCUUGAUACCAGUUCGUAAUAAAAAUGACCAUCGUUAUACUA